GUUGCUUUGAAGCUUGAGUUAAGGUAGUCUAGAGCUUCAUGAUUGUAAUUCAACCUCGUGUGAGUCUCGUAUUCUCUUGCAUCGGAGAAAUACAGAGUACAUAGACUCGUUGCUCAUCAAGCCUUAAGAGAUAUCUCUCGGCUUAAUUGAAACGCCAUUCAUUGGGUGCCCUGCUGAGCGUAGGAUAGAAAGGCCCGAUACAUCGGCAUCAUGGCAGACAACAGGUACCCAAGGAGCACCCAUCAUACGCAUACUCAAUUGCGCAUAAGUCACGUCUAAACUAUUGCUAACAUGUGCAUCUGUCAUAGCCGCGUUGAUAUCAUCUUCAUCGGUGCUGGCGCCGUUGGUUGCUUCUACGCUUCACGCCUCCAUCAUCCAUCCCAAAACAUUCACGUCUCUCUCGUGGCUCGCUCUAACUAUGCUGCUAUUCAAAAAGACGGUGUGAAGCUUCUGACACGAAGCUUUGGUGACUACACCUUCAACCCUGAUGCGGCUUUCCCUUCUGUCGAUGCUGCUGCCGCUGCUGGCACUUCAUCAGGCGCAAAGCGAGACUGGCACUAUAUCUUCGUGACAACCAAGGCUCUUCCAGAUAUCAACGAUGACUCAUCCAUCAUCGAGCCCUUGGUAGGCCCAAAAUCAUGCAUCGUCCUCAUCCAGAAUGGUGUCGGCGUAGAGGAGCCCUUCCGCAAACGCUUCCCUAAUAACCCCAUCGUCAGCGCUGUUACCGUUGUUAGUGCAGAGCAAACCUCGCCUGGUACUAUUCGUCAGAACCGCUGGACGCGUAUCAGCAUCGGACCUUACAUAGAUGGUUUAGCCUCGAAGGACUCGGAGUUAGGCCGUCGUGGCACAGAGUCGACUGAAGCACUGUGUCGUUGGUGGACAGAACUGGGUGGUAUCAAAGACGUGGAUCCCCAUGAUGAAGUCGGUCUUCAGACUGUGCGGUGGCACAAGCUCUGUAUCAACGCAGCCAUGAACCCCUCCGCUGUGCUCUCAGGUGGCCGUGGCAAUGCCGACAUGGUAGCAGAUGACGAGCUCCAGAGACAUCUACUAGGCGUGAUGCAUGAGAUUCGAGAUGCUGUGCCCAAGAUCCUCGGCAGACCUUUCCCGGACAGUAUGGCCAAACCUGAGAAGAUCGUUGAAAGCACAGCCCGCAAUAAGGGCGCAAGGCCGAGCAUGCUUCUGGACUGGGAAGCAGGCAAGCCUUUAGAGCUUGAGGUGAUAUUGGGCAAUCCUGUGAGGAUUGCAAGGGAGAGAGGUGUUGAAAUGCCUAGGUUGCAGAGCCUGUAUGCGCUUUUGAGGUCGGCGCAGGCCAUGAGGAAGAGAGAGCAGACCAAGGGGAAGCUUUGAGUUGCAGUCUUGUUCAGAGACGAGUCAUUUAUUAAGAUCGAGAUAGAGGUUGUGAUAGACAUAUCCGAAUUGCCAACUGUUGGUUACUUAUCCAUUACAACUUCUAUUUCGUUGCCAUACAAACCUCUCUAUUCUCAUGAUACCAAUGUCGGUGAUUCAAUCAUUUCCCUACUUCUGAACGGGGGCAUACCUUGAAGUGACUUCAUAUGAUAGGUUCCAUGCCGUAGGAAGGACACAGGCUGGGAACGCCCUUGAUGUUGAAUCAUGUGUCACUAUGCUCAGCUUGGUCCUGAGGACCGAGAACGAACAUUGAGUAUUGCGGCUACGAUAUGGAAGAGCAUACAACAUUGCUAAACCAGGUUCCCAAUAAACUGCAAGGCCUUUCAAGCCAACACCCAACCCUAUGGUGUUGCAUCUGGACUCUCCCGCCUUGAUACCAGUCAUUCCCUGCCUCAAGCCAUGGUUUGCAGCGGUGAUAAUCCAUCUUAUUUCUCUCCUAAUUUAUUUUUGGCAUGUCAGUUACUUUUGUUUCAUGCACCGUCUUUUAUCAACACUCGCAGAGUCGCCAAUGAUUGUAGGACGCUGAUCUCAUUGCCACUCGAUGUCAACUCACAGGAAUCCCCAUCGCAAUUUGACAUAUUAUACAUUUUAUUCGUGCUAAAUAGUAGUACAGAACACAAUAAUAUGUUCAUUCACCGCAGACCGAUCACAACGAAACUGGUUUGGCUCUAAGCUCUGAGUGUCAUCUCUGAGACCUCGUCUAAUUUAGUUGUUUGCUGGCUGUCAUGGCCCGAAUAGUAUCUCCAGACGACCAGAUAUCUCAUGGCAAAUAUCAAAUUCGAUUUUUUCAUUAAUGAACCCUACCAUUCGGUUCAUCGCAAAAGAGGAACAUGCAACAGAAUCCAUACAAAGUAACUGACUCACAGUCUCUCUGGAUGUGACCGCUGCGCAAUCAGGGCGACAAAAACUGACGAAGGGCAGGAAACCCUCGAUACAGCUACGAUCAAUUCAUAAUAUCUGCCAAGGCAUGAGGUGUUAUCCAUAGUGCAGGAAGUACAUCACUUUCCAACAGUCAACUAAACAUAGUUCUGACCAGAUUAUCUCGACAGCGUUGAGAUGAAAUCACUGGUAAAACAUUGCAAUUCGGUAUCUUGAUAUGUUUCAUAAUACCUGUUCAAUGGUUAUGCACUUCGGUCUAUAUAUUACCAAACUCAUCUGAGUAUUCACAGCGCAGCAUAAGGGCUCCGAGGAUCGUUUGUUCGAAGGGCGCAG